AUGGCUCUCACAGUUCACCUUACAAAAAUACCCCCUGAACCAACAUCAUACAAAGUGGCUUCAAAGAACCCCUCAUGGGUUGCGGCAAUGGAUUCUGAGUAUAAAGCCUUGAUGCAAAAUCAGACAUGGACUUUAGUUCCACCAUCUAAAGAAAUGAAUAUAGUGGGCUGUAAAUGGGUUUACAGAAUUAAGACCAAGAGUGAUGGGUCCAUUGAACGGUACAAAGCCCGUUUAGUUGCAAAAGGGUUUCAUCAACAACCAGGUAUUGACUUCACUGAAACCUUCAGUCCUGUUGUUAAACCAGCCACUAUUCGCACUAUUCUCUCUAUUGCAGUAUCACGUGCGUGGCAUGUCAAGCAACUUGACGUAAAAAAUGCCUUCUUACAUGGCAACUUGAAUGAGGCAGUUUAUAUGCAUCAACCUCAAGGCUAUGUCAACCCUACGGUUCCAGAAUAUGUAUGCCAUCUUAACAAGGCUCUUUAUGGUCUUCGUCAAGCACCACGAGCUUGGUUUCACAAGUUCAGCAAUUAUCUGAUUCAAGAGGGUUUUCGACAAAGCCUAGCUGAUUCCUCCAUGUUCAUCUAUAAAGGUGAAAGGGGCAUGAUUGUCCUACUUCUUUAUGUAGAUGACAUCAUUAUCACAGGUGACAGUGUUGAUCUUAUAAAAAUGGUAGUUACCCGUUUAAGUCACAACUUUGCUAUGACAGAUCUUGGUGACCUCCAUUACUUCUUGGGCAUUGAAGCAAAUCGAAGUUCCAAGGGCAUCACUCUCACACAGACCAAGUAUGCUCUACAGUUACUAGAACGAACAGGCAUGACACAAUGUAAGCCUAUCAAUACACCAAUGCCCAGUGGACACAAAUUAUCAACACAGAAUGGUGAACCACUACCUGAAGCACAUGAGUAUCGGCAAAUAGUUGGGGCACUUCAGUACCUCACAAUGACCCGUCCAGACUUAACUUAUGCUGUGAAUCAGGUCUGUCAAUACAUGCACAAGCCAACAACUGAUCACUUAGCUGCUGUGAAACGUAUCCUAAGGUAUGUUAAAGGAACAGUCGGAGCUGGAACAACUAUCAAACCGAGUUCUCUCAACCUACUAGGUGCAUACACUGAUGCAGACUGGGCAGGCUGCCCAGACACUCGACGGUCAACGUCUGGAUUCUGCACCUUUUUGGGGAGUAAUCUUUUGUCAUGGGGUUCCAAAAAGCAACCCACUGUCUCCGCUCCAAGAUCAAGCAGCAGUACAAAGCAUUAG